AGAUUUCCGGCCUUCCAAUUGCGUUCCCGAUCCAGAAAAAAAACCUUCCGAUUGGAUAGGAGGCGGGAGCUUCUUCUCCUUCGUUCCCGCCUUUUCUCCAGUGGCGUCCAAAUGUGACAGCUACUUCCUAUUUCCUGAGGAGGUGAUUGGCUACUCUUUACAGGAUCAAUGUUCGAUUGGACUAGCUGUGUUCUGAAAGGCGGAGCAAUGAAGUCCACGGUUGGGAUCGGAAAUAAUUAUGGCGGCGGCGGCGGCACCUUUGCGGGACCGGCUGAGCUUCUUGAGUCGGCUACCCACUUUACUCAAGGCUACAUCAGAUGAUGAAGUUCCAUGCCCAGGAUAUCUGUUUGAAGAGGUUGCAAAAAUUUCUCAUGAGUCAGCAGGAAGCAGUUACUGUCUUCUUGAGUAUUUUCUCAAUCGCCUCCAGAACAAUUCCUGCCAUGUCAAGCUAAAGGUGCUCAAGAUCCUGCUGCACAUGUGCAGCCAUGGUUCAUCAUACUUCCUUCUGCAGCUUAAGCGCAAUUCUUCUUUCAUCCAGGAAGCCACAGUGUUUGCAGGGCCGCCUGAUCCUCUCCAUGGCAACAGCUUGUAUCAGAAGGUGCGGAUGACUGCACAGGAUUUGGCAAGUGCUUUGUUUUCAGAUGCCCUGUUGCCCCAGCCUGCUACUCAGCCGUCCAAAGAACUGCCUUCAACAGGAAUGGGCUCCAAGUCCAGUCCCCAUGGUUCACUCCAAGGCUUUGGUUUCGAAAGGAGCAGCUCCACCUCCACUGGCAAGGUUCUGCUGGCCACCAUCCAGAAGGCCGCUGAAGUGGUUGCCACCGCCAUGCUUCCUGGGCAGCAACUGGCUAACCCCCAUGGUAGGGAGCUGACAGGUGAUGCCUACGAGCCAGUGAUGGCACCUUCUCCUGGCAAACCUUCCACCUUGUCUACAAAUCCAUCUUCUGUCACAGCCCAUAAGAUGCGAGUGAACCAUCAGCCAGGUCAAGCAGGAGGCGGGUGGGAGGAGUUGGACAAUGGGCAAAGCUCCCAGAAUUCCUUGCAGGAGAACAGCGAGUGGAGCAGGACUUCUGACUCCUACAGCAAGUCGGGCAGUGACAACCACUCAGGUGUCCUGGAGACAGGGAGUGCCGCUGAAAGGAUGGAAGCAGAAAACCUUGCUGAUUGCCUGCAAGAAAUGAGCCUUGUCAGCAAGCUAACCAAAGGCUCCAAAGUCUUCCUGACCCAUGAGGAGACCCAGCGCUUCAUCAAGGAGUGUGGGCUGCUGAACUGUGAGGUGGUCUUGGUUCUGCUCAACCAAACCCUGAAGGACCCCAGUGAGUGCAUCCGCAUGAGAGCCAUGUGUGCCAUCUACUCCCUCAUGUGUUCUGAUUUGCUCUCCCAUGACCAGAUAUUUGCUAUUACCCAGCAACACUUGCAGGAACUGAGUCAAGAAAGCCCUGGGCCGGUAGCCAACAAAGCAACAAAGAUGUUGCGUCAAUUUGAAGCACUCUGCAGGAGCCACCCCACUUCCAAGAACUUGCCCUCCGUUGGAAACCAGAGUGUUUCUGCCAAGACUGCGCUGAAGCCCACAGACGACCUGCUGACAGAUACGCUGCCCUUUGCAGGAGAAACCAUCCUCAAGCCCAUGAACCUGUUCACAAGUGGCCCGUGCCUCUCAGAAGGACAGGUGCUAGACUCUCUGUCCUCUUGCGAGCCUGAUCUCCCACCGGCUGGCCUCAGCCAGCAGGGGGCAGAGUGCAGACACCCGGAUGCUGAUCUCCAGGAGGACAGACCUCCAAGGGGUGAUCCGGAUGGCACUGUUUCCUUAUUUGCAGGCAUGGAACUGGUGGCCUCUUCAAGUAGGACACUGGUGGCAACAGAUGCUCAGGAAUGCAUUUCUCCAGUGCCACGAACAAUGUCUUGUACUGGGAGCGCUAAGGACAGUGAAGACCACCAGGAGGCAUCAGUCUUCUCCUUCCUCAAUGUAUAAUUGUUCCCUGUUACAACUUCAGCUUUUGGAGAACUUAACUAGUAA